AUGAUUUCGUUUAUGGUAAUGUUCGUGGCUGCUUUGUGUGGAAUUGUUUCGACAACUUCCCCGCCAAUUCAACUUCAAGGAUGUUAUAUUAAUGGGGCAAUGUAUCAACCAGGAGAACAGUUUACGGACGAUUGCAAUUCAUGUGUUUGUGGAGAAAAUGGCCUAAGUGCAUGUACUCUGAUGGCCUGUCUUCCAAGAACAUGUGAAUAUAAAGGCCAGACGUAUGAAGAUGGUGAAAGCUUUAUGGAUAAUUGUAACAAUUGUGUUUGUCGAGAUGGCGAAGCUGGUUGUACCAGAAAGGCUUGUCCACCGAAACCAAAAGGUUGUGAAUAUAAUGGCAACACGUAUGAAGAUGGUGACACUUUCAUGGAUGAUUGUAACGGAUGUUUUUGUAGUGAUGGUAUCGUUGGUUGUACUAGGAUGGCAUGUUCUCCAUUAGCCAAAAGAACAUCCGUCCCAUAUCUACCUGGUAAAUGUUGGUUUAAUGGUAAAUUUUAUGAUAUCGGUGAUACAUUUAAAGAUGCUGAAGACUGUAAUACUUGUUGGUGUUCCGGACAAGGUGACAAGACUGCAGUAGCCUGUACUAGAAUGCUCUGCCAAUAAAACGAAUGAUUAAAUGGAUUCUAUAGUUUUAUGAAUAAAUGAAAUAAUUUUCAAAAUAA